ACCCGGAAGUAGUCGCUGUUUUCAACUAGUCACAGCCAUUCAUUCGCUGGAGCUUGUCGUGCGCACUGACAGACACUUGAAUCCUUGUUCUCCCCUCCCAGAAUGGCUGCAGACACGAUGGAGAUAGAUGACUCUUUGUACAGCCGUCAGCGGUAUGUGCUGGGAGACAGAGCCAUGCACCAGAUGGCUCAGUCAUCCGUCUUUCUCAGUGGCAUGGGUGGACUGGGAGUAGAGAUAGCUAAGAACAUUGUCCUUGCUGGUGUGAAGGCAGUCACGCUUCAUGACGUAAAGCAAUGUGAGACCUGGGAUUUAGGAUCGAACUUCUUUAUUCGCAAAGAGGAUGUGUUGAGUCAGAGAAAAAGGGUGGAGGUUGUGUGCCCUCGGGUGGCAGAGCUAAACCCCUACGUUCACGUUGACAUGUCUUCCUCUGAUCUGCAUGACAACACAGAUCUCACAUUUCUCAGCAGAUAUCAAUGUGUAAUUCUAGCUGAAGCCAGAUUGAGUCUACAAAAGAGAGUGAAUGAGUUCUGCCACUCACAACAACCGCCCAUCAGAUUCAUUGGUUGUGACUCAUAUGGCAUCUGUAUGCGGGUGUUUUGUGAUUUUGGGGAUGAGUUUGAAGUGUCUGACGCCACAGGAGAAGAGCCCAAGGAGAUCUUCAUCCAAAAUAUUACUCAGGACAGUCCUGGAGUUGUAACCUGCAUGGACAACCAGCCCCAUGGCCUACAGACAGGUCAGAGCAUCGUCUUCAAAGAGGUUAAUGGCAUGGAGGAGCUCAACGGCAUGGAACGACCAAUCACAGUUCUUUCCCCUCACAGUUUUGCAAUAGGAGAUACAACACAAUUUAAUCCAUAUGCACAUGGAGGCUUCUUUGUCCUGGUGAAAACUCCAAAAACCUACAGAUUUGAAACCAUGGAGAUGCAGUUAUGCGAUCCUCAGGUUCUGAUACCAGACCUUAGUAAGCCUGAGGCUCCACUGCAGAUCCAUGCAGCCAUGUUGGCACUGGACGCCUUCCAGGAACAGCACAGUAGACUUCCCAACAUCGGGUGUUUACAAGAUGCUGAUGUUUUACUCAAGCUAGCGGAGGAAGUGAAUGCCACUUUAAAGAACAAAGCUCCAGUUAAUGCGGAGUUGGUGCAGUGCCUCUCCAGGACAGCGAGAGGAACACUUCCUCCGUUAGCCGCAGCUGUAGGAGGCCUCGCCAGCCAAGAAGCUCUGAAAGCCAUUACAGGGAAAUUUGCACCAUUACAGCAGUGGUUUUACCUUGAUGCCACUGAAGUCGUCCGGCCUCUUCAGUCAUGUCCUGCAGAGGAGUUUUUACCCAAAGGCGACCGAUAUGAUGGGCUACGAGCUUGCAUUGGUGAAUCAAUGUGUCUUGAACUGCACAAGCUCAGGGUUUUUAUGGUUGGCUGUGGUGCCAUUGGCUGUGAGAUGCUAAAGAACUUUGCUCUGCUGGGCGUUGGAUUGACCAAAAGUUCAGGAGAGGUGUGCAUCACAGACCCAGACCUCAUAGAAAAGUCAAACCUCAACAGACAGUUUCUCUUUCGACCACAUCAUAUUCAGAAAUCGAAGAGUUCCACGGCAGCAGAAGCCACACGUGAAAUCAAUCCAGACCUGUGCGUGGAUUCUCAUCUCAACAAGGUGUGUCCGGCUACUGAGAACGUCUACAGCGACACGUUCUACUCCCGCCUAAACCUCGUGGUCACUGCACUGGACAACGUGGAGGCCCGUAGAUACGUAGACAGUCGCUGCGUGUCCAACGGAAAACCUCUCCUCGACUCAGGCACCAUGGGGACAAAGGGACACACAGAAGUUAUUUUGCCAAAUUUGACAGAGUCCUAUAACAGUCAUAGAGAUCCACCAGAGGAGGAGAUACCUUUCUGCACUCUCAAAUCUUUCCCUUCUGUUAUAGAGCACACAAUCCAGUGGGCGAGAGACAAGUUUGAAAAUGCUUUUGCUCACAAGCCUUCAAUGUUCAACCUGUUCUGGCAAAAUCAAUCCUCACCUGAGUUAGUGCUACAGAGAAUGCAGGCAGGUGAAAGCCUGGAGGGUUCAUUCCAGGCCAUUAAACUACUAAGCAGACGACCCAGCAAGUGGGAACAAUGCAUUGCUGUCGCUCGACUUAAAUUUGAAAAAUAUUUCAAGAGAAAGGCCUUACAGCUUUUAUACUCGUUUCCUCUGGACACUCAGCUAAAAGAUGGCAGUUUGUUUUGGCAGUCUCCAAAAAGACCUCCAACACCCAUUGAUUUUGACUUGAAAGAUUCUUUGCACUUUGAUUUCAUCGUUAGUACUGCAAGGCUCUUUGCUGAAAUAUACAACAUCCCUUAUUCAGAGAAGGACAUCUCCAGAGAAGCCGUCACCAGAAUUCUCUCAGAUGUGAAGAUUCCUGAAUAUAGACCAUCACAGAAAUAUGUGGAGACGGAUGAGACGGCUAAGAGGCCUGAUCAUACCAAGAUGCCUCAGAGCAGUGAGGAGGAGAGGGAGGCCUUUUCACAGCUGCAGCAAGCAAUCGAUGCUAACUGUGUCACACCUGGGAAUUUACAGAUGCACCCACUGCAGUUUGAAAAGGACAAUGACAAAAAUGGUCACGUGGAUUUUGUCACGUCAGCUUCUGCACUUAGAGCAAAGAUGUAUGGCAUCGAGCCUGCUGAUAGAUUCAAGACCAAACGCAUCGCUGGCAAGAUCAUCCCCGCCAUUGCCACGGCAACAGCUGCAGUGGCCGGACUGGUGGCCCUUGAGCUGAUCAAGGUAGUUGGUGGCUACGGCUUUGACAUGUUCAAAAACUGCUUCUUUAACCUGGCCAUCCCUGUGGUGGUGCUCACUGAGCCUGCACCGGUGAAACGGACUCUCAUCAGAGACAACAUCUACUUCUCUAUCUGGGACUGUUGGACUAUUUUUGGCCAAGAAGACUUCACACUGUCCGACAUGAUAAAUGCAGUGAGGGAAAAAUAUGGAAUUGAACCCACAAUGGUUGUCCACGGUGUGAAGAUGCUGUAUGUGCCUGUGAUGCCUGGACACUCCAAGAGACUGAAACUGACGAUGCAGAAACUGAUCAAGCCGUCAGCAGACCGCCGCUAUGUGGACCUGACCGUGUCAUUCGCUCCAGAGGCAGAUGAUGACGAGGACCUCCCCGGUCCUCCUGUCAGGUACUACUUCUCCCGCCAAGGAGAGACGCCGUGACACCUUUCCAGAUGUCAUCCUCAAACCUACUGUGUCCUUACUUCACUUUCAUGUAAAUUAUUGUGCCCCAAUAAUCCGGGUGGGGAUCAAGAGCUUCCCCCAUAGGAUUCCAACUGACAGGGGCAAAGCUCCUGACCCCUGUGCUUCAAAGAGCAAGAGAAAUAAACAGCACUGGACCCAGUUUUUCUAGCCAGUGGAACACAUGUCUGCUGGAGUAGCACUUACUCUGUGCCUGUGUACAUAUGUAAUUUCUCUGUUAGGGUUUUCUACUCUGUUUAAACGCACAGCUCUGCCUGUGUCAAUGCCUUAAAAUAAUAAACAUCUUUCUGUUUGUGGCAGUAAGUCUGACUAAAAACAUUGUUUACAGAAAUCUGUCUACUCCCAAAACAGAAACCUCAUCUGUGGCCUGUAGGAAAUCAAGUUUUGUUUUCAGAGUUCUCUCAUAUUUUAUUACAGAAUUAUGUUUUGUCCCUAGCUCUCUCAAAAUAGGAACGGAUUUGUUGAACUAUUGCAAGCUACAGUGGCUCAGUUAAAAAAUGGCAAAGCCAGUAAAGAAAUUGUUACUGAUUGUUUUCUUUUUUUUUUAGUAGAAAUCCAACAAUUUAACAAACACCCCUAUUUUUAAGGUUGAAAUACAUUUCAACCUUAAAAAUAGGGGUACGCUUUGCAACACAAACUCUUUCCUAAAGAGGCACCGCUGUUUAUGUUAAGCCAAUCACUGAUAAAAAAAAAUAGUAAGAAAUUUUUGGUACAUUCAGUCACAUGUACCUUCAGUUUAUUUAACAAACUCCACAUCAGUCUAUGGAAAUAUCAGAGCCAACGCUGCAAAUAAAAUGGAUUUUCACGUAAUCAUUUUACGCAGUGAAUGCUCACUACCUGAAAACAUUUUUGAAUGAUGGUGGUUGACAUUGUCCUCACAUCAUGUGUCUGGAAUUGUUUCAUGUAAAAGCUGUUGACAAAAA